AUGGCGGUGGUGCUGGAAGAGUUGAUCAGGUCGAUCGAGGUGUGGUUGGGGUUAGUGAAGAAGCAGAAGCCUCCGGUGAAUCCGAAGCUCGAUCCGGUGCUGCUGGUGCCGGGCAUUGCGGGCACCGUGCUCCACGCAGUAGGAGAAGAUGGCAAGGAGGAGAGAGUCUGGGUGCGGAUUCUGGGCGCAGAUCACGAGUUCCGAACCAAAUUGUGGUCACGGUUUGACCCAUCGACAGGUGAGAAAGAGUUGGAUUCUCGUUGAGAAAUCACCAAAUUGGCUCCUUACUUCGUUCCUCUGUGCUUUUUAAAUGCUAAAGAGGAUUUGGCGUGCUGUGUCUAUGGAUGCUUGAAGUUCGUCAAUAUUGUUCCCAUUUGGGCCCAUUGAUUAUGUUUCUCUUCCUCGACUCGUAAACUUUCUCUCUAUGCUCAGACAGAAUGGAGAAGCAAAACCACAGUCUAUCCGUCCUAUUUCCUUUUCCUCUCUCCUUUUCAUUUUCGGCGCCGUCACUUCGUUGACUUGCAUCAGCUUCCUUCUUUGUUGAGUUGUGAGGUAGAGGUGAAGGAUCUUUCGGGCAUUCCAUCUUUGUAAAAUCACACCGAGCUUCCAUCAUGUGAGCUGGUAAUUAGGACAGUCGAUACAUUAAACUUGUUCUAAGAAUUCAUUACUUGUUCUAAGCAUGAUCUCUCCAAGACUCACUGUGGCUCAACCUGAUCGAGUCCCUAAUAAUGCCCAUCCAAUGUACAAUAGAAUAGAGCCUCAUAAUGCCCACAUUUGUUUGGGCGGAGUAGAUCCAAAUUGAUGUUCAUACCUUAUCUAUGUUGGUGUUUCAAGUCCGAUAUCAAUUUUUCACAGGAACCUCAUCAGCUUCUUCCAAACAACUCAUUUUAAUCCAAAAUCAUCUAGCUCAGAAGUUAAGUGCUAUUUCCUUUUCAGGUCUGGGGAUUCUCAUUAGUUAUCCUCACUGGGUUCAUUUGUUAGCAGGUUCCUAAGAAGUUGACCUUCAAACUCUCAAUGCCAAGUUAGAGACUUGUUGUUCAACUGUCCGAUGAAUGAUCGUUGACCUUGCAUUCACCUGUUAAUGUAGAGCGUCCAUCCUACAUGUGUCGUUGGUAGACGUUAUGGCAUUGAAUGUUUUCAGUUGUGUAUCCCCCAUAUGCUUCCCUCUUUGUACGUUUGCGUAUAAUCCCUCUGUGCUCAUUACAGUCCCUCUUUCAUCUCCCUCUCUUGGGCCUCUUUUUUUCUCUCUCAUCACAUCCCUCACUCUCUCCUCCUCCUGUCACAGUUCUCCUUGUUUAUCGCUGUCUCUCUCUCAUUCCUCUAUCCUCCCUCUUCUUGUAGUUCCAUAUCUUUCUUUACCUCUACUGAAAGAAGCCUAUGUAUAUUUUUCUUGAUCUUCUUCCACUGAAAACAACUUUGUGGAAGAGAAUCAAUACAAAACGCAUUAAAAACCUAUUUUUUAAGACCUUUUCGUCUUUGAUAACUAAUGCUUCAAAUGGGUAAUCUUCCACAUAGUCUCUCAACCGGUUCCAAUAUUUAUGAACAUUCUCUGUAACUGGGUGAGUCGAUCUCCAUUUUGUCAGUUUCCAUUAAAGAUUUUCCAUGUACUUCUCGAUCCCAUCAAUUUCAGGUGGAAUUGGGACUUUCUCCUGGAAAUCAGACCAGGGUCCCCUGAUUCGAGCUGAAAUAUCACCAACAUUCUGCUGCAUGCGAGUACUAACCUAACCUUCUGAACACAUGACCAAUAUAGAUAACUUUGACUAUGUUUCUGCCAGUGAGUACACUUCAUAUUGUUCCUUGUUCGAAGUGCUUGCUUCUUAAGAAUGUUCAUAAGGAAGAUUGUCUUGCACUGCUUUUCUGAUUCUUGUCACAUCUUGUUGUCUGAAAUCUGUAGCUUAUUGGAUUUAGCCUUUGGAGUGUACACCUCGAAAUCUUUUGACCCUACAGAUUUCGGAUGUGCUCCCCAGAAAAGAAUCGUAAGGGUUCACUGUUGACGAUUCCAAGAUCUCUUUUGGUCAACGGUGAGAGCCUCUCAUCCUGUAAGAAAUCCAAAAGGAAUUCACCUGUACCAGGGAUGUCUGUCAUAUCGUAAACAUUUAUCUUGCCCGUUUCUUUGAAACUGGGAAUGAAUGGAAUCAAGGAUAAUAAAUAUUGCCUGUUGGAUUAACAAAGAUGAGGGAAAGACACUUUCUUCUUGCCUAUCUCCUGCAAUAAUCUUUGAUACAUUAAUUGGUUUAAAAAUUUUCAAAAAUUGCAACUUCUUGCCGUCCAAGUUUCAAAAAUAAUCAACUUUUGUUUUAUGCUGAUGAGCAGGUCAGACGUCAUCAUUGGAUGAAAAAACACGAAUAUUUGUGCCUGAAGACAGAUAUGGGUUAUCUGCAAUUGAUAACUUGGAUCCUGAUGUGGUACAUGACCUCUUUCUCCGCUGCAAUUAAUUAAAGAAGCUAAGUUUAAGAGGCAUCAUUUAAGCUGGUGUAAAUAUUUUUCUGAUGUGCCUGAAGACAGAUAUGCUAGUUUCUGUGAAAAUAUUUUUGUACAAAUGCUUAAGAGAUUUCAAGCACUCUAGUUGCCAACUCUGCGAUACAGUGUGUAAUACUUCUUUUAAUUUUUCAUGAUUAAACCAGCUUCUUUUAAUUUUUCAUGAUUAAAGUCUUCUCUAUCGUAAAUUCUGAUGAUCCAUGCUGUUAAUUUACAAAUACUCGAUGUUAUCUUACCACAUUUGGCUUGAUUAUUGCCUGAAAAGUGUGGAGAUUUUGUCUAGAGAUUAUUGAUCGACCAUGGGGCAAAUCUGUGGAGUUGUUUGCAGCCACUUUGCUCCUUCCGAAGCUUUUAUAUAAAAAAUACAAAGAAUGGGGUUAUCCUCAAUAGCCAUUUUUUAAAAAAAAGUUGGCCUUAUUUUUUUUGACGAAUUCAAUAUUUAUGUUAUAUUCUUAGGCUGGUUAUAAAACAAUGCUUUUGAAAUCAAAUGAUAACUGAAUAAGCAAGUUGCGUACACUACAAGUGACACGAAUUUUUAUGGUGGUUCGAUCAAUUCUAGACCUACACUCUCUAGGCCUCUCCUUGACUUUUUCAACUGGUUUGACGAAUUUUUAUAAUUUUUCAGACAAUUGUAAACGUAUCUGGCUUUGCAAUAACGAGGUCUAGGUUAAUUCAAAUCCUUAUCUAGAAGAUGUUGUUGACCAGUAAUGAGUUCACCUUUGAGAUUUGUAUUCAGCAUUUUUACUUUGACGAGAUGGACGUCAUUCUAUUGGAAGAUACUAAUUAUAUCCCGAUUCAGUGAUUUAAAAACAACAUUAAGGAUUCUAUUUCUUUUCCAUUUUUCUUCAUUUGAAUUCAAAAUACUCUGAUUGGUAUCUCAGAUUAUUGGCUGCGAUGCUGUUUGCUAUUAUCAUGAUAUGAUUGAGCAAAUGCUCAUGUGGGGCUUUGAAGAAGGCAAGACACUUUUCGGAUUUGGAUAUGACUUUCGGCAGAGUAACAGGUAUCUGUGCUUAUAUAAUAGUUUGGUGAUUUCUUACAUUACUUAUUUUGUUUAUUAUAUACUGAAUAUUGGCAUUCAAGGGUUAGUUUUCUUUUCCAUUUAGUUUUUAUUUAACGUUUUUCGAUUUCUCUUAUUAUUUGCAUGGAACAUCCGUAAAUUCGUUGAGCUGAAUAGAAAACUUUAUAGGAUUACUUUUCUUUUUCACUUAGGAAUUGAUAAUCCUUAAUGUGGUUGCCUUCCUUCAGGCUUGAGGAAACAAUGAAUAAGUUUUUGAUGAAACUGGAGUCCGCAUACACUGCCUCUGGUGGUAGAAAAGUACGCAUUAUAUCCCAUUCUAUGGGUGGAGUUCUGGUUAAGUGCUUCAUGAGCCUGCACUCUGAUGUAAGAAUAUUGGGUCCAAAACUCUGUUUUCUUUUUCUUUUCGUAUUCGCUCAUCAAAACUUUGAGUGAUCUUGAUUUUUCAACAGGUUUUCAAGAAAUAUGUUGAUACUUGGAUUGCAAUUGCUGCACCUUUUCAAGGUGGGUAUUGAGUUAUAUGGCAUCAUUCAUCUGAAAGUGUAUUCUUAUCAACUGUUUUCUAUAAUGCUGCUUUAUACCAAAGACUUUAGCAUUUGACACCAUAUAUGCAUUUUUCAUGACUUGAUUUGGGGGAGGAUAUUGAUAACACAUUUUGAUUAUCAUAUAAAGCAACCAUUUUCACUUAUCUGUUCAUUGUACUGCGAAUCUGUAGUAGUCUAUCAUGGUGAUAUUAAUUUCAGUUAGAUUCAUGUGCAUAAUUUUCUUGACGUUUUCUUCUCCAUGCAAAUAAAUUGGUCGCGAUGUUGUGAUGUGAAAAAAAUAUCUUGUGGAUAAUUAAUUCACAACGAGAGAAUAACUGCUUCAAUGUGGUUGGAUUCCGUCCAUCUUUUUCACAUUUAAUGAGUGAACUAUCAGUUUUAUCUAACUUAGUUUUGAAGAUCAGGCGCUUCAUAUUCUUACAUUGUAAGUUCUUGGAAUUCAAGAUGUUUUUCUUCAUGAUUGAAAGAAAAAAAAAAUCCAGAAAAAUAGUUAUCAUCGUUGUUUGUUUGUUUUGUGUAAAACACUACAGUUUAAACACAAACGUCAUGAAACAGCUGAUCCAGAUUUAGGUAUUUUCUAAUAAAUAAUUCUAUCAGGUGCACCAGGAUACAUCACAACAAGCCUUUUGAAUGGGAUGUCAUUUGUGGACGGAUGGGAGCAGAACUUCUUCAUAUCCAAGUGGAGCAUGCAUCAGUUGGUAUGGGAAUAUGAUUUUUCUUUCUCUACAAGUUCAUGGACUCGUAGCUAACAGGAGAAAAGUACAUCCUUUCCUUUUCCACCCGUCGCUCAAGAAAGCAUAAUAUAGUGGAAAGCCAAACUGACGUAGUCCAUUAAAACUAGAUGCCUACAGGGAAGCCUCAGGAACCUAUCAGCUACAUCAUCCUUCCCUUUACUAGGUGACAUUUUUGUGAAUAUGUAAUUGAUUCUCAAACGUCAACAUGUAAGAAAUAGAAUGUAUAUAUUUCCUGAACACUAAUUCUCAGGUCAUACCGGUUACCAUUUUCCAUUCUUUAAUUUUCCCCUAUUCAUCUACCAUUGAAUGAAUUCAUUUAUAUCGGCGAAGUUCAUGAGAAUUUUGUUCAACCAUCUGCAAAUAAUAUUCAAGCACCCAGCAUAUAGCUUUGCUGUCAAUGAAGAUGUGAUGCGUUACCCCCUCUGCUUUUCCAUAAAAGAUCUAAGUAGCCUUUAUUCAUGCCUUUUCUUAGCUUUUCUCAUCCUCUUGGGAAUUUCUCGUGGAUACUUGAUUAUGAACCUGAUUGUUCACUGUGUUUGUUUUUGAUUGCCCUUUUAUAUUUUCCUUGUGACUUGUGGUUCCUGAGUAGUCUAACUAGCGAUGCCGUGUGCUUAAGGAAGAAGCACUCAUCAAACUUUUCUUUUAGGAGAUUCCUUCCCUGCUAUCAGCUGAUAAUCCGGGUUUGAUUUUUUUCUUAAAAAGUCAAAUAUUCCCUUCAUGGAGACCAUAUAAUAAUGAACUUCAAGAAUGCUAAUUGGACAAUCUUAUCAGUUUGUGUUCAUGGAAUUUCAUCUCCCGCCAAAGUUGAUAUGUCAUCGGAUUCCACUAAUUUUUUUUCUACUUACAAUACUUAUCCAUCAAAAGUAACAUCAACUUAUAAAGUUUUAUAAUUCUCCCACCACUUUUUGAUCCCCGCUUCUGAUUAUACGCAUUUAUUUCUCCUGCAGAUAUUUUUCCUCUUAUCAAGAAAUUUCUUGGAAAGCCAUUUUUAUUGUUUAUAUUCCACAGAAAAGUAUUCUGAAAAAUGGGGAAAAAUAAUAGGUUGUUGAGAAGGUCCUGAUGUGCAAUGAAGUUAUUUAGACCUUCCUAAUAAGCUUCUGCUGUUCAAUCAUCAGGUGUUUAAUUGAAGUUUUAGGCUAGUUUGCUCCGGUGCCAUACUCUUCUAGGUCUACCCACUAGUUAACUCGUCCAUCCUUUUUUCCAUAUGUUCAAACAACUCUUAGCUACUUCUUGAGGAAUUUUAUCUACAAUCCUUCUGCAACUCCCUGUAUCCGUAACAAAUUUUUAUUCCUUUCUUAAACAUGAUGUGGUUGAAAACGAGCAAAUAGCCAUCAGAUUAGGGGUGUAACAGUACAAUCUUAUACCUGCCAAUCAAUAGUAAUCUCAUAUGAAAUUCCUCUGGCCAAAUAGAAUUCAUGAAUUGCAACUCCGUAAAGAACAAAACUAGGGAACCAGGUGAUCAAAUCGUAAAGGAGGAGAAUACGGGUGAAGCCAGAUUGUCAUGGUGAUCUCCCUGGAGGCUUUCUCUUACUGUCUCAAUUUAAUCUCAUCUAUUGUCAGGGUGAACCCUCAGAAAAAUUAUAAUUUGUGACCUGCAUACGAUUGUUAUAUAGUCCUCCGUAUACGUCAGGUUCUUCAGGUGCUCUGUAGUCACUAUUUUAGGGCUUCAGCUUCCAUACCAACUUUGUGCUGUCUCUUUUCUCUUCAGUUUCCUCUUUCACAUCCCAAUGGAUUCUUGAACAUGCAAGCAAGUUGAUAAAAAAAUACCACGAAGGUUAAAAGCUAUUUAUUGGUGAAUCAGAAGCUUCAGGUAGUAUAAAAUCCCUGAAGUUUCUUGUUUCAUUCCACUUGUUAGAGAAGAUCAAAUGGUCUAGGGAUUGACUUGAGUCUUGGAUGGCACAUGGAGGUGUAUAAGAAUGAUCAAUUCAGCACAUCAAAAUGGGCUCCUUGGAGAAAUGUGCCUGCUUUGCCUCUUUGACCCGCUGUGUUUCUGUUGCUCUAAACUCUACCACCUUCUUGUUCUUCUUGAGAACAAGAAGAACUAGAAGAACCGUCUAGCUCAGGGGGGAAAACAGGUGAGAGAGUUCUCUCGGGAUAAACUGCCAUAGUGGUAUAUUUGUCUCUUCCGUUUUAUGCUUUUACUUGAGAUACCUGUUCUCUAUUCCCCUUCAGUACUUCCUCCAUUGAAUAUCACUUUUAUAGGAUGAUGAUCGAUGUCAGUGUGAUUGCUGAUUGAUAUCUGGGCCUGUGGUGGAGCAUUUGCUGUCCCGGUUUACUCUGUUUCAGUCCCAUUUUUCCAUGCCUUUAUUUCCACUGUAGGAUAUCAUUGGUUACAUCUUCGAUGGUAUCUUCACAUGCCCAUUCAUUUAUUUUUUUUACACUUAUGUUUCUACUCUCUGGAUUUAGUUACCUUCCUUUUUGUCAUCAGUUCCUUAACAGUCUUUAUGAAGAUAUCAGUAUACUGUUUUCUUCAUUUUGUUUGCGGUUGAAAGAUAAUUAGAGCAGAGAAGGUCUUUAAUAAGAAUUCGCCUCACCGGACAUUGUUGGUUGGUCUCACCUGCCAUUGUUUUUCUUCUCUGUCCUUUCCUCUGCACAAAUGUGUGGGGCCUUCACUUAUUAUCAUACUGGCUUGUUUUAAAGCUUUAUUUUUUAUUCAAUAUCAUUCGUCUGAUUCUUACCUCAACCUGAACUACUGUUUUCCAGCUGAUUGAAUGCCCCUCUAUUUAUGAAUUGAUGCCAUCCCUUGAUUUCUCCUGGAAAGACCCCCCAGUUUUGCAAGUUUGGAGGGAGAAGAAUGAUUCGUCUGGUAAUCUGAGUGCGUCACUAGACUCACAUGAACCAGUAUCCGCAAUAUCUGUCAUGAAAGAAGCUCUCUGUGAUAACACGGUAAGCCUCCAGUUGGUUAUUUUAUAUCAUGUUGGUAAACUUUUCUCAUUCUUAUGUUCGUCAAAACUUAUCAUAUUAUUUAUAUUGUCUGAUUAUCCAACCUUUCUUCUAAAUAAGAACUAUCAUUUCUAACCAGCUGUUAAUUGGCGAAGUAGUGAUGCUCCCUUUUUGAAUGCACGGCAUCCAAACCUAACGUGUUCCUUAUGCUCUUUCUAGGUUGACUAUAAUGGCACCAAAAUUCCUUUACCCUUCAAUUCCGAUAUCUUGCAAUGGGCUAAUAAGACUAGAGAAGUCCUGUCUCAAGCUAGAGUCCCUGAUGGCGUUCGGUUCUAUAAUAUAUAUGGCAUCAAUUGUGAAACUCCUCAUAGUGUCUGGUAUGUUCUUCAAACUUGUUAUAUUAUUUCUACCAGAUAGCCAUUGAGACUAAUGAAUCAGAAAGAUGGUCCCUCGUAUUGAUCAUACUGAUGGUUUCAUAUGGAAUAUAAAAUUUUUGCGGAUGAAACAUUCACUUACUUUGCCUGAUGGUGAUUUUCACAUGGUUGAUAUAACCGCUGCUGAAUACGAAUGAAACAUUCAUGGUUGAUAUAUUCCAUAGAAUUGUCGCAUGAGAUGAGAAGAGUGGCAUAUAUUGUCGCAUGAUUGUCUUCCUCUGAUCUUGUUUGUUCCCUUUUUUGCAGUUAUGGAAGUCAAGAAUCACCUAUUUCGGACCUUCGUCAGAUAUUGACUGCAGAGGUUUACUUUCAUCCGCUAAAUCCUUUCUCUCUAUUAUCAAAAAUAUAUAACGCAAGUUUCCCUGCUCAGUCUGUUGUAAGCGAGGUGAUAGUUGACUGUGACUUGAAACUUUGUGAGCAAUUAGGGUUCACGAUGUUAACGCUGGAUUAAAAUGUAACGUUGGCUCUACUUUGGCAUGUCCCAGUUAUUGAGAAUAAUGCUAGCCAUAAUGAUUCUACUAGCCAUGAUUCUCACUGAUGUAAACGUAACCCUGUUUGAUUUGGAAACAUCUAUAAAUUUGUCAUAGAUUUUAUGAUUAAAAAACUCUCCUGUGUUUACUAACGCAUAUAAUGCAAAAAUUCUAGCUGAUUGAAUGAAAACUCCAUGUAGAGAGUAUGCACUAGUCAAUAGAUAUAAUUAGGUAGGAAAACAUUGAUUUAUCAGAGAAAAAAAAAUAUCCCAACUUAGGUGGACCUUUCUGUUUGAAGAUUUGAAUUCGUUGUGCAUGCACUGGAAGUUGACUUUCUCAGAGGAUAAUGAGGUCACAUACAACCAGAAUCAUUGCCUUCGUUAUUUUAAAUCCAGUGUCCACCUAGCUAGAAAAUUAAUCUUGGAAUUCAAACUCUUCUGUGUUACAUGGUUUUUUAAAGAUGUUGUAGCUUUUGUAAUGAUGCUUCCUGCUCACAUGGUAUCUAUCAGGCUGAUGAAUGCUUAUCUGACUGUGCAUAUUUAUGCUGCUUUGUUCACUUUUCAGCCAAAUUACAUCUAUCUUGACGGUGACGGGACGGUUCCCAUGGAAUCAUCAAAGGUAUUUUCUGCCAUAUGCUUACUUAUUACUGCGUUCUUUUCUUAAUGGAUUCCUCUAUAAGUGAUGGAUAGCACUUCCGCUGGAAUUUCGCAAACUUGGGUGUUUGCUGACUCAUCUUUGGAGUUUUUACAUUCAUCUGAUAAAAGCCCAUGAUGUUUUAUGGGAGUAAUUGGGAUCGUUAUAGUUUUUCAAUUUAUGGUUUUCAAUUUUGGGCAUAAUGAAUCAUAACCUGGUGAUAUGCUGUUUGUUCAUCAUCAUUGUCAUCAACCUUGUAUCUUCCAUUUUCCUCAUGAUCUUGGCGUCCUUGUGCUUCCAGUUCACUUGAAUUCUCAUCAUUCGAAGACAGAUAGAUGGAAUCUUCUUUUUUUUCUCUUCUUCUGAUCUGUGAGCUAGCCCGUUGUUACAUAAGUGAAUCUUUAUAAUAAGGCAACAACCUCUGCUCACUAAAUAUUCAAGCUUUCUUUGACUUGGUCAUUGAGCAAUCACCUCCAACAGUGGGCCUGAAAUAACUUUUGAUAUUCUUGGAUAUCCAUCUCUACAGGCAGAUGGGCUCGAUGCACUGGCAAGAGUUGGCGUCCCUGCCGACCACCGGGGCAUAGUCUGCGACAGGCACGUGUUCCGCAUACUCAAGCACUGGCUCAAGGCCGGAGAACCAGAUCCCUUCUACAACCCACUCAAUGACUAUGUCAUCCUACCUGUAAUCCCUGAGAAUGACCCAGAGACUGUCACCGCCGCCGCCGCAGCUGCCAUGAGGGAGGACUGGGAGAUCGUCUCCUUCGACGAGAGUGAUCGCUACUGCAGUGACUCUGCCCAACAGCCUGUUCUUGGUGGCAGCCUCUCCAUCUCUGAUGUGGAGGCCAGAGUUCUUGUUUACCCGGAAAGCAAUGGGAAGUGUGUCGUGGAGAUCAGGGCAGCAGGCAUUACCUCCUGCGUCUGA